AUGGCGCUUCAAGCAGUGACACCAGUAUCAUCCUUUGCCUUCACCAGCAAAAUCAAGUACAGGUACGAUGUUUUUCUGAGUUUCAGAGGAGAAGAUACUCGCCACUCCUUCACUGUGCCUCUCUACAAUGCUUUGCGACGUAAGAGAAUCAAUGCCUUCAUUGAUGACAGGAAGCUUGGGAAAGGGGAAGAGAUCUCACCUACGCUUCCUAGAGCCAUUGGGAGAUCUAGAAUUCCCAUUAUUGUGUUCUCUAAGAACUAUGCUACCUCCACAUGGUGCCUAGAGGAACUAGCCCAUAUCGUUUGGUGUAAGAAGCAGAAGAACCAGCUGGUUAUGCCCAUCUUUUACAAGGUGGAUCCGUUGGAUGUUCAGUAUCAGAGAAAUAGCUUUGAGGAAGUCAUGGCUGCUCUAGAAGAUAGGUUCAGAGAUGACUUAGAGAAAGUAAGGAAAUGGACGUCUGCUUUGUUUGAGGCUGCUAGCUUAUCAUCAGCGUGGCUUUUUGGAGAUGGAUCUGAAUAUGACUUUGGUGAGAAGAUUGUUGAAGAGGCAUUUUCCAAGUUACCGCCUAAACGCUUACAUAUUGGGGAGCACAUAGUUGGACUCGACGCUUGCAUAAAAGAUGUCACUUCACUUCUUGAUAUCGUGUCUAUUUUAGGAAUUCAUGGAACUGAAGGAGUUGGCAAAACGACACUUGCCAAGGCUGCAUAUAAUUCAGUCGUCCACCAAUUUGAAGAGGCCUGUUUUCUUACUGACAUCAGAACAGCUGCUAAAGGGAGCAAAGGCAUGGUACGUCUUCAAAAGACGCUUCUAUCAGAGGUUCUUGAUGAGAAGAAAAAGAUCAAGUUUAGAAGUGUUGAAGAAGGGAUCUCUAAGAUAAAGCAGAGGCUAUGCCGUAGAAGAGUUCUUCCUGUUCUUGAUGACAUAGAUGAGAUGGAACAAUCAGAAUAA